GAUUCUUUUAAGAAAGCUUUUUAAUUUUCUGCCCCUUGUCUGUUCUUUGCCCAAAACACCUCAACUAGGAGUCAUUCAGGACGUGUCCCAGUCAGAUGGUCAAGCCAGCUUUCGAUAUAGAGGAGUAGCAGGUCUGCCCCUCCUCAGCCCUCUAAGCCCAGAGGAAGCUUUACGCUCAGCUUCACCACUACAGACCAGUACAAUCUGUCAGUGUCACACUGGUAUUUCCCCUUACUCAAGAAGAAGACUGUGAGAAACCUGAAGUCCACUGCUUGAGUCAGCGAAGUCUCCAAUUCCUCCAAUUCUACAAUUCUCAUCCCCAGUCCAAUCAACACCUUGGGCGCUUUGUUGCUCUGUGACUCCUCCUUUGAAAGCUGUUCUGUAAAAGUGAAGAGGCCUGAUGAAGGGUGUUUUCUUGCUGGGAGGUGAGGAGGUUCACAUCCAGAGGAAUGCGAGCUGAGUUCAAGCUGCCCUCGAAGGGACGAGCUGAACUCUGAGGGGCAGAAAAAGAAAAUAAGGACUGUCUGUGUGGCGCUGAUAACACAAUCAGAAACUCAAUGUCGUCAGAGAUAUGAGAGCUGAGAAACGAGAGCCAGGUCUGCUCCGUGUGUGAAACUGAGGGCGACGCAGAUCGCAAAGAGUGACUGACUGGGGGGGUGGGCUGUUGCCAUUUGCACAGAGGGGAUGUUCUUGGUCGGGGAUAAUGUUUAUGUCGAUGGUACCCAAGGUUUCCCAUCGGAAGAUUGUUUUUUUUGGUUAGUUAUUUGGUGUCCGAUUGCUGGAUAGAUCUAAACUUUACUGAGAAACCAUUGUGGUUUGGUUUGAGGACUGUGGUUCCCUUCAUGGUUCAGUUUCUGAAAGUGUAACCUGAUUCCAUGUCUCGCCCCGCUCUGCCUUUCAUCGGCUUAGUAAUCUUGUUAGCAGAGUUCCUACGUAAUCCUCCCACAGUGUUCAGAUCCCUGCAGGUCUAUACGGCUUCUUCCCCGCAGCUCUGUGGGAUGCUGCUGGACCCCAACUGAGCAACUCAGGAUGUUGAGCUGGGUGGUCAAAGUUGUUCCCCAGCCGCCUGAGCCCAAAAAACCAGAAGAACAGAAGGAUGCUGCCCCGCCCCCUGCUCCUGCCCCGCCCCCUGCAGCUGCUCCGCCUCCAGUUGCUGAGAAGAAAGUGAAGUUUCAAGAUGAAGUCAAAAGUGAAACACCAAAAGCUGAAAAACCAAUGCAGGAACCUCAGACAGGAGCGGAGAAUGGCCCGACAGCUGGGUCUCAGAGCGGCAUGUUGACGUGGAUCAGCGGCGCGUUGCCUCAACCUGCAGUCUCACCGAAAAUGAGCCGAGCAAACUCCACUGCCAAGGAGGAAGUUGAACCAGCCAGUAAACCCGAAGACGAAAAAGGGAUGAUUGCUUGGAUAUCUCAGGGUUUGGAGAAAGUCGUUCCUCAGCCUGAGUUGAAGAGCAAAGAGCCGCCUGCAGCUGAGCAGCCAGCAGAGGUCCGUCAGGCAGCACCUGCUCCAGCUGCAGAGCCUCCGGUUACUGUGGUGGAGGUGAAACCGGACCGAGACGACAAAACUGAAAACAAGCCACCGAGCAUGAUAGACUGGAUCAAACACGGCAUCGAGAAGGUGGUUCCUCAGCCAGAGAUCCAUGUUCGCUCAAAAACAGAAGGAAACGAGAAAGCUGAAGCUCCAGCUCCAGCUAAAGCUGAAGCUCCGCCUCCAGCUCCUCCACCUGUCCCCAAACCAGCCCCAGAGACCGAGAAGUCCACUAAGGAAGCAGAGGAGCCACCAAACAUGAUGGGCUGGAUCGUCAAUGGGAUUGGUCGCAUGUUGCCUCAGCCCGUGCAGAAGUCGGAUGCAGGAAAUGACGAGGUGCAGACCAUCAGUAUCAUACAGAAGAACACAGACCUGGUGCUGGAGGACAUUGAACAGGAAGAAGUCAAGGAAACAAAGCCGGAGGUGAAGGAAGUGAAAGAAGAGCCACAACUGGAGAACAAAGAGGAUGUGAAGCCAUCAAAAAAGGAGACUGAAGAUGCAGAAUUGCAGGUGGAUGAGUUGAGUCCACUGAUUGACAGCAUCAAAAAGGAGGCUGGAGAGGCAGUCCUAGCUCACAUGGAGGAAAGGCUGCAGCAGGAGCGUCUGGAGGCGGCUCGUGUGGCCGAGGAGAUGGCCAGGAAGGCAGCAGAGGAGGCAGUCCGCCAGCUCGAGGUGGAGCAUUCAGCUAAGAUUGUAAUAGAAACGCUACCAGAGUCCAAUGAACAGCUGCCCAAUAUCCUGGAAGAAGAAAACGAAGAUGAUCCAGAGUUACAAAACCUGCAGGAGGACAGUGAAGACAGCACAGAGAAUCAGAGUCCCGAGGAAAAUAAAGUGACAGAGGAAGAUACAAUGAAGACCACUGUUGAGGAAGAGACUAAAUCUGAUCAGGCUGAUCUCAAAAGGUGCAUGGUAGAUGUCUGCCCGGCUGAAGAUGACAUCAAAGCAACAACUCAAGUGGAAAAGGUGGAGCCUGCUCCAAACGAAACCCACAAGCCCCCAACUCCACCCACCGAAUCCGAAGCACCAGAGGAAGCCACUCCUUCAACAGAUGCAGAACCAGUCUCCCAACAACCUGAGCCACUGCCUCCAGAAACUCCACCCACUACCACGGAUCAGACCAGCACAGCAGAAGCAGGAGAAGGUGGAUGUGGAGAAAACUGCAGUAAACGUUUGGCUGAAGCUUCAGAGCUGAAGGUGGGGACGAUGGAUGUGAUGGAAGGGAAAGGUCUGAACAUCCCCCAGAUUAUCACCACCCCAGAACCAGAACCCAACAAUCUCACAGCCCCAGAGCUCAGUGUUGCAGGUGAUGUGUCUGCAGACGAGGACGAUCCCGAGCUGCUGAGGGUUGGUUUGAAAGCGUGGACCACUCAGGGAGACCACCUGACUGCAGACGACGAGACUCGUCCGCUGUCGGCGGCCAGCAUCGGCAGCGUGGUGGUCCAGGACCGCCUCAACGAGCUCGUCAGGCUGUUCAAAGGUCGGACGGAGCGGCAGAAAGAACGGCUGAUCGACCCGGACGAAUCGGAGGAAGAAAGUCCCACAGCCUCUCCAAGCAAAGCUCCGCCUCCCCCUCCUCCCCCGCCUCCCCCAGGAGAGGAGAAGAAAGACACCACAGAAGCAGGAGGAGGAGAAGAAGAAAAGGAGGAGGAGAAGGAGUUUAAAUUUGAGCUUCUGGGAUAUGAGGUCAAAAUUCCCAAUCUGCCCAAACUUCCCCCGAUGCCUGGCUGGCUCCGAGCCAUCCUGGAGUUCCGCUUCCCCUCGAGCAUCGACCCGUUCACUGACCUGAUCUACGUCAUCUGGCUGUUCUUCGUGGUGGCGGCGUGGAACUGGAACGUAUGGUUGAUCCCCGUCCGCUGGGCGUUUCCUUACCAAACCUCUGAAAACAUCCACCUGUGGCUGCUGGCCGACUACACCUGCGACCUCAUCUACAUCAUUGAUAUCCUCGUCUUCCAGCCCAGGCUGCAGUUCGUCCGCGGAGGAGACAUCGUGUGCAACAAGAAGGACAUGAGGGAGCACUACAUGACCACGGAGAGAUUUAAGAUGGACAUCAUCAGCCUGUUUCCUUUGGAGGUAUUUUACUAUUUCACUGGAGUCAACUCUCUGCUGAGGUUCCCUCGCCUGCUAAAGUACAUGGUUUUCUCCGAGUUCAACGACAGAAUGGAAUCUGUGAUGAAGAAAGCGUACAUCUACAGGGUGAUCCGAACCUCAAUGUACCUGCUGUACUCCCUGCACAUCAACGCCUGCCUCUUCUACUGGGGCUCCGAUUAUGAAGGACUGGGAUCCACCAAGUGGGUCUAUAACGGAAAAGGCAACGCGUACAUCCGCUGUUACUACUUUGCCGUGAAGACGCUGAUCACCAUUGGAGGACUGCCCGACCCCACCACCGUCUUUGAAAUCUGCUUCCAGCUCAUUAAUUACUUUGUUGGCGUCUUUGCUUUCUCCAUCAUGAUCGGUCAGAUGAGGGAUGUAGUUGGAGCGGCGACUGCUGGGGAGAACUACUACCGUGCCUGUAUGGACAGCACAGUUAAGUACAUGACCUCCUACAACAUCCCUCGCGAGGUCCAGAACCGCAUCAAGACCUGGUACGACUACACCUGGAAGAGCCAGGGCAUGCUGGAUGAGCAGGAGCUUCUGAUCCAGCUUCCUACUAAGAUGAGGUUGGACAUCGCCGUGGACGUUAACUACGCCAUCGUCAGUAAAGUCGCCCUGUUUCAGGGCUGUGACAGGCAGAUGGUGUUUGACAUGCUAACGAGGCUCAAGUCUGUCGUGUACCUGCCCGGAGACUUUGUUUGUAAAAAGGGGGAGAUCGGCAGGGAGAUGUACAUCAUCAAGCAGGGCGAGGUUCAGGUGGUGGGCGGUCCCGACCUGCAGACGGUGUUCGUCACCAUCAGAGCUGGCUCGGUGUUUGGAGAGAUCAGUCUGCUGGCGGGAGGCGGAGGAAACCGGCGCACAGCCAACGUGAAGGCCCACGGAUUCGCCAACCUGUUCAUCCUGGAUAAGAAGGACCUGGCAGAGAUCCUGGUGCAUUACCCCGAGUCCGAAAAACUGCUGCGCAAGAAGGCCAAGAAGAUGCUGACAAAGGACAAGAAGCCGGAGGAGAAGGAGGGGACUAAAGGUGCAAAGACAGUCAUCCCGCCGCGACCGGACACGCCAGAAAUGUUCAAGGCCGCCCUGAAGGUGACGGAGCAGGCGGGCAUCGAGGGAACCUUCGCCAAGCUGAAGAAAGCAUACAGACCGUCUGAGGUGGGAGAGGCACAGGCUCUUCCCUCCAUUUCUCCGAUCCCGCCCCCUUCUCCAAUGCACCGCCGUUCUCCGGUACCCCUGAGUCCGGCUCCGGAAGACGGAGAGGAAACGGUGGCAGAGACGGCUGACAGCUCAGUCGUCAUCAGGAUGACGCCGCGGCACAAAGGGGAGGAGCUUCUCACCGUGGAGAUGAAGGCAGGAGAGGGAGAGGUGGAGGAAGAGGCAAAGGAGAAGGAGGAGAUGAAGGAGAAGGAAGAGGAGCCAUCAAAGGAGUGAGCUGACAGGAAGCUGCUGCCCUUCACCUGCUCCAAGGAGGAAACAGGACACUCUCAGGUGUAGGACAUGCUUCUUCUUCUGUCACAUGACAGGAAGGAAGGAGAAGAAUGAUGUAAAGGAGAGGAAGCAGGAAAUAAAGCAAGGACGGAAAGGAUACUUCCUUCUUUUCUUCCUUCCUCCCACCUUAAUCCAGUUUUUUUUUCAGGUCUCAGAGUUUCAGAGAACUUUGAUCUCACGGAGGUUACUGUCUGGCUGCAGUACCGUCUUUGGCCACACGAACUGACUUACAUGUACCACCCAUUAGAACCCAGAGAGGCGCUGUUUCACCACGUAAACGUGGUCAAGGAGCGUGUCUGUAACAGAAAUGAUUAAAGAAACUCAUUUUCCCAGAAUCCCCGGUUUCUGUCCUGCAGAUUCUUAACCACUGACUUUCUGGGGCCCUCCCUCAGCUGAUUUUAGAGGCAUGUGUUGGGAACUACAGGGAGCAGCCGGAAGAAGAAGAAGAAAGAUGUGAGCUGCGUCUUCUUUAUGUAAAAACAGACUGAACAUGCAUUUGUGGCGUGUGAGAGAUCUGACAGCCGCUGAUUGAUUUUCCACCGAGAGCUGCUCGAUAACGCCGUCUGACAUCAGCUGAGCUCUGAGGACAUCCAAUGAUUUUAGCCGGCAGCUUCCAGGUCAUUCAGGGUCACCAGGAUGACGGUUCAGGGUUAGCGGGUCAGUUUGGAGCACAAAAGUGCAGCAUGUAUUUUAAUGUCUGAACAUGUUGCUUUCCCUAUAACACAGUAAAAAUAUCAUAGUUAGAACAAAUGUUUCACUAUUUGAUUUUAACUCUGGAAGCUUGUUUCUAUCACAGAAAAAAAGAUUUUUUGCCAUGCAUGAACCAAAAUUUGACCAAAAAGUUUGACUAAGUAAGACAAUAUUUGGGGAUACCAAACCUGAAAUUUUGAAUGUAUGGAUGUCAAAAAUGUACUGAAACAAGCUUCUGUUCAUAACAAAAACCGCACAUAAAAAAUAUAAAAUAAGCAAUUAAAAAAUGAAAUCAUGAGGCAAGCUUUAAUACAAUAAGCCUACAGUCAUUUUAGCUGUAGUUGCUAGAGGGCGCUGCUGAGCUUUCUGAUAAAGUAAAGAGCCGGGGGCACAAGCUCCCGGCCACAGAGAUGCUGCAGUGUUUAUACAGGACAGGAAAAGCUUCAGGAAGCGCAGGAAACUGUGUCGGCCCGAGCCGUGAAAAGGCGGGAAAACAGAAACAAUGCAGCACAGGAAGCUUCGUGAUUACUGCUGAUUACCGAGAGUAGAAGAAGAAACGUGACACUGCUGCUUUGGCUCAGAAUUCAGGUUUUAUUGUAUUUCUACUGAAGCAACGACAUCACUGUAAGAAGUAAAAACCAGUUUGUAAAUAAAAUGAUUUUAAGGAG